CUUGACGUACUUUUCUUAAUACACAAAGACUUAUUACCAUACGAGCACUACAUAUUUUGAUUUAUAUUAUAUAAAGUACAGUACACAUAUACACAUACUUAUAGCUGUCGAAAAAGUUGUAGACAUAAGACCAUGUUUUCUAGCUGGGUUGAUGCGGCUACUAACGUGGCGGCAGGGCCGUCCGCGGUGGAUGAUACAGCUGGUACCGGUCAAACCGAGGGCAGUGAUCCGAAUACAGCUACAGGAAGCUCCGUUAGUGAAGAUAAAAUACGUAGUUUGGCUUCGUCGUGGUGGUCUAGUGCGCAGACCUCCAUGCAGAAAGCUUCGGAGUCUGCGGCUGUGAUGAGCAAGAAGGCCGCGGAGCAAGCGCAGGAAAUGAGCAAGAAAGCAGCAGAGCAAGCGAGUGAGUUGAGCAAGAAUGCAGGCGAAUACGGUCAAAAAACCCUACAGAGUGCAACCGUCAUGUCGAGCGACAUAUUGACCAAGGCCAAACAGUCCACUACUGCUGUAGCACCUACAGAGGGAGACUCGGAUGCCGCUAAAGUACCUGCUGCUGCACAAGGCAGCUUCGAUCUGCUGGGUUCAAUCGCUGUCCUCGGUAACAAGGUUCGGAGUACCGUAGACAGCAUGACCGAAGAUUGGGAAAAAGAGCAGAAUAAAUUUUUAGCAGAGAAGGAACAAGCAAGAGUGUUUCAACAUGAUAAUAGUAUGAUGCCCCUAUGGGCGGGUUUCGCCGAUGAAGAGUCGGUAAAAGCUCAAAUAUUGACUCUGUCUCUGGACAAACGUAACUUUCUCGUAGACCCCCCGGCCGGCAAUGACUUCCACUUCGAUCUCGAUAUAUUCUCGGCUGCGUGUAUGUCCGCCCUCAAAUACGACCCAAGGAUUGAGACCGUCCGCUUUGAACUGGUUCCUAAAACUGUGAAAGAAAGUCGCUUCUGGCGAAAUUAUCUAUACCGAGUGUCUUUGAUCAAACAGCAGGCCUCACUAUCGAGUAUGCAAAGUGAGGUGGAAGUAGGGGCGAGCCCAAAAUCCAACUCAAGUUCACAACUCACCAACAGGCACUCUGAUAUAGUAGCGUCACCGCCCCCGCAACCAAACAAGCUCAUGCGGAGAACUUCUAAUGAUACGUUAAGCACCGAAGAGUCUCUGAGCAACACAGGGAGUGAAAUAACUGAAACCAAAGGUAUAGCAGAGACGAGGUCUGAUACCGUUCCUGUGCUAUCAAAUGCAGUAGCCUCAGCCUCGCCAACGGAGGAAGCCUCAGCACUUAAAUCCGAUUCAGAUGGGGAAGAUGACUUCGACGUGUCUGAUCUGGACGACUUGGACGGUGAAUUGGAUGGUUUAGAUAUCGCAGAUUUAGAUGAUUUAGAUGUGGAUGAUCUAGGCGACUUAUCCGAAUAGACGGCGGCCUCAGCCCUCAAUAAAACCCGAUGGAGGAUAUAGUAGAGGCCCGCCAAGUGUCCAACCUUCCCCAGUGGGAUCAAGUUCAUUCUGUUCACAUUGCAGGGUUGGUACGUUCGCGCUCAAUAAGCACAACCUCAAGGGAAGGGCUUUCGAUGCUGAAGCAUCAAAUUCUAUACGCGCGUGUGUGCCAAGUGCACAGGAACAAUUCUUCACAGGUACACUUUUAUUUUACCUGCCAGGGUAAAUUAUUUAGGAAUUCCGAAUUAUGCAAACGAAGGGUGAGAUGCCUUUGUGCAAUUGAUCGCAGUGAUCACAGGAGUUAGAACCCCUCACCGCCAAUCAAAUUACCACGAUAAAUAACUGCUUAGACGCUGUCAUGCCACACCGCAGUAGUCAGUACAUUGUACAACUGUUGUUUUUUUAAGAAGGCCGUCGCUCUACUCUCUAGACUUUACUAGAGUCUCCACUCUAGUAGAGAGAGUAGGAGACUCUCUAGAGG